CCACUGGGCGCCGCUGGCUAGCUCGGCCACAGAGAAAGCCUCCAGCCGGGUAGAGAAACAACUCCCAGGCGGAAGUGACAGUGGAAGGCCAGACAGCCAUAAUUGAUAAUGGCAAGAGGCGUUUCCUGUCUCUCGUUUGACGUACGCACGUUUCCUUCAUUCCGUCCCCGUUACCCCGGGCAACAGCGGAGCCGUCUGGGAAGGAAGGAACUCCAUGACCCCCCCCAUCUGUUUCAUUGUGAAAAUGUGCAGACAUUGCAAAGCUAAAAGAGCUAGGUGUGAUGCACCCAGGAGGCUGAAGCAAGAGGAUCUCAAGUCAAAGCUGCUGGAAUACAUAGUGAAAUCCGAUCUCCAAAAGGAGGGUCCUUUUGUCUUGAAGAUUCUUCAGUGAUUGCAGCUGCCAGUGUAAGACCACCUUUAAGAUACAGAGCCACAGAGAGGACACUGGAUGUCCAUCCGCGCCACUCUAGGAGCAAAAGCACUGUAUCCAGCAGUUACAGAUGGCAGAAGUGAAGUCGAUGUUCCGGGAAGUCCUUCCAAAACAAGGGCAGUUGUCUGUAGAAGAUGUAACCACAAUGGUACUGUGUAAACCCAAGCUUUUACCCUUAAAAUCUCUGACUCUGGAAAAACUGGAGAAAAUGCAGCAAGCAGCACAGGAUACAAUCCGCCAACAAGAAAUGGCAGAAAAAGAAGACCGGCAAAUAGCCCACUGACUAGUACCACUUUAAGGGGACAACCCAUCUCACCUGUUCAGGAACUAGAAACUAUUCUGCAUCUAUAGGCUGAAAAUACAUAAUCAAACUGGACAUUCAUAAUUUUAAAAAACAUAAUUUGGGAACUUAAACAUUGGCUUGUGUUAAAAAGAAAACUUUGAAUGAUGUUUUAUGGGAUCUUUAAAAGGUUUUUAAAAUUAUAAACUACCUUAUUCACCCUACCUACUGUAGUAGUGUUAGAGAUUAGAUGUGUCUUUUCUGGAUGAAGGGUUCCUCAUCUUUUUAGACACCUAAAUCUGAAAAUAAACUUUAUUCUUAAAUAUACUGUUACCCAGAAACAAAUUUAACCAGUUGUGUACCAUGUCAUGCUUAAUGGUAUGUACCCUGACCAUAAUGACAGCAGUAAUAACAAAACUGGUUUCUUAACAAAUUUGAUUUUUUAAAAAACCUUCAGCUAUUUUGGAGUCAACUAAGCUUUUAAUUACACUAAUUUUAAGAAACAGAGAAUUACAAAAGUGUUGAUUACCAAAUACAAAAACCUAGAAAUGCUUAUUUUAGCCAUCACAGUAAUAAACCAAUAAAAUAAAUAUGAG